AUGGCUAGUGCAAUAGGUACUCCAAUUUAUGCAGAUGAAUGUACUGCAAAGAAAAAGAGAGUAUCAUUUGCAAGGAUGUUGAUAGAAGUAAAUAUUACCAGAGAAUUGCCUAUGGAGAUAAAGGUAAUGGAUCCUAAUGGGAAGACAUUCCAACAAGAUGUUAGAUAUGAUUGGAAACCAGAAUUUUGCCAGAAAUGUUUAGUGGUUGGACAUAGAUGUGGUAUGGAACAACAACAAUACAAGCAACAAGAUAAACAACAAGGAAAAAGAAGAGAAGCAAAGAAAGUAACAAUGGAAUGGAGAACCAAAGACCCAGUGAAAGAAGGGGUGAAUUCAGCAGGGGAAGCUAGCCUACAGCAGAAGGAAGCUCAGAUACUUAGUCAAAGAGAAGUUGCAGACAAGGAGAAUAUUCAGCCAAUGGUGGAUCAGGAAAAUGCCCAGCAGGAUCACAUACAGACAGCCUCCCAGCAACAGAGUAAAGUAGAACAAUUAAUGGACAAAGGCAAAGCUAUAGAGGACAUGUUUGAACUGGAUAUGAUAGACUUUCCAGCUCUGUCACCCAUUGCUAUGAGGAAUUCCUUUGGACCAUUGAAUAAGGGAUCAUGGUGUACUAGUAGUGUACCUCCUGAUAAAGGGUGGAACUAUGCUACCAACUAUCAGGAUGCUUCAAAUGGGAGGAUAUGGUUUACUUGGGACUCUCAGUGGUAUAAUGUUACUAUUUUGAGUGUUGCAGCUCAAUUCAUACACUGUUUGGUUCAAGAUAGGGUGGGAAUAAUUGAUUGUGCAGUUACAGCUAUAUAUGGUUACAAUACCAUUGAGCAAAGGAAGCUAUUAUGGAGUGGUCUUAAGGACAUUGCAGCAGGAGACACAAAAAUAUGUGGGGAUUUCAAUGCAGUCCUCUAUACUAAUGACAGGCUGAUGGGCAACCCCAUUACAUAUAUAGAAGUGCAGGACUUUGCUGACUGUGUAGCUAAUCUAGCUCUGAAUGAACUAGCAUGGACAGGUGAUUAUUAUACAUGGUCUAAUAAACAACAUUGA